AUGGCGGCACCCGAAAAAGAGCCGCUGCAGCCAAAAGAUGGAAAAGAAAAGGGGAACGCCCGGAAUGGAGGCGUCAAGUUGAAGCCGAACCCCGAGCGGACCGCCAACUUUUUGUCGCGCCUAUUCUUUUGGUAUAUCGGACCGUUGUUCAUAUACGGGUAUCGGCGCAACUUGGAGCCGAGCGACAUGUUCGAGCCGUUGCCAGAGCAGGAAAGUCGUGCCGCUACGGAAGAGUUAAGAAAAGGCUGGGAAAACGAGCAAAAAACGGCAAAAACGGCCGGCCGACCCCCGUCCUUGAUGAAAGCCAUGCUGCGAACCUAUCGGGGCUCGCUCUCUUGGUGUGGUUUACUCCUCUUCCUUGAAGAAGUCAUCAAACUCGUCCAGCCUCUCUUCAUGGGCCGCCUGAUCCGUUACUUCCGCUUCGAUCACCCGCUCACUGCUCAAGAUGCGUACAUCGCAGCCGCCGGCGUGGCAAUUACCAGCGCUUUGGUCGCUACUGUUCACCACCCGUAUUUCUAUGGCCUUCAGAAAAUUGGGCUGCGGGUCAAAGUGGCCGCUUCCGGAUUGGUGACGGAAAAGGGUUUUGGCUUGAGUAGCGCUGCCAUCCGCGACACUUCCGUAGGCCAUAUGGUGAACCUCCUAUCGACCGAUGUGACGAAAUACGAUAUGAGCUUCAUCUUUUUCCAUUACAUUUGGGUAUCCCCCUUAAUCGUAAUCGGCUACUCGAUCGUCAUCUACCAGCAGAUUGGCGUGGCUGCAAUUGCCGGUUUCGCCGCCUACUUCCUCCUGUUCCCAAUCCAGGGGUUGAUCUCGAAAAAGAUGGGGCAAUUUCGCCACGGCGUGGCAGCCCGCUCGGACAAACGUCUCUCCGUGAUGACGGAAAUCCUGGCCGGCAUCCGGUUGAUAAAAAUGUACUCGUGGGAAGACGCCUUCUCCGAUAUCGUCAAACACCUUCGACACAACGAGCUGCAAAUGAUCCGGAAGCAAGCCUCGUGCCAAGCCCUCCUGAUGGGACUCUUCUGGCCGAGCAGCAAGCUCGUCAUCCUCUUCGCGGCCAUCGCGUAUUUUGUCCAGGGAGAGCUGAUGCUCGCCGAACCCAUCUUUGUCGCGAGCGCCCUAUUCCACGCCUGCCGCCUGCCCGUCAUGCUUUUCCUGCCGCUAGGCAUCGCAAUGUUCCAAGAAGCCCGGGUGUCCACGCAAAGAAUUCAGGCGUUUCUGGCCCUCGAAGAUUUCCACCCAGUUGAGCGGAAGCCCGAGGGUCAUGACAAUAGCGAAAUCCCGAUGGAGCGGUUGGGCGCAAGUGCAGAACGCAAACCCUUGAUCAGAAAUGGCCAGUCCGAGCUCACCGAGCAGUGGUGUGAGUUGCAGCCAGACAACCCGAAAACGCUCGUCGAGUUGUCCAACUACUCAUCCUCUUGGGCAAGGCCGAAUGCGGACAUCUACCUGCUCGACGACCCGCUGUCGGCUGUUGAUGCUGCUGUAGGACGCUUCAUCUUUGACAAG